AAAAGAUAGAAGCCAGUUGUCAUGCUAAUAAAUAGAUAUGGCUUGUGAUAAAUAUUUAGGUACCAUACCAUCAUGCUACUUCAUCCUAGGAUUUACUAGCUGACAUGUGAAGUAAAAUGGAAUAUUACAUUAAAAUUUCAAUUCUACUCUGUAUAUAUGGAGUAUUCAAGGAGUUUCGACCGGCAGAACCUUACAUAGUUCCUUACAUGACAUCACCACCACUGAACUUCACUGCUCAACAGAUCAACCAUGACAUUUUUCCAGUUUCAACUUACUCUACAAUGGCAUCUCUAAUAGUUAUAUUUUUAAUAACUGACAUUCUCCGUUACAAAAUAAUCAUAAUACUACAAUCAAUUUGUAUGAUAAUAUCAUUUUUCUUGCUCAUAUAUGGUCGUGGUAUUUUCCACAUGCAGAUUGAAGAAAUAUUCUAUGGUCUCCACAUGGCCGGAGAAGUCGGUUAUUUCACGUACAUAUAUGCAAAAGUAGACAACGAGCAUUAUCAAGAAGUGACAAGCCAUGUGAGAAGUGCUUACCUGGUGGGAAAGAGUCUAUGUGGAAUAGUUUCUCAAACCGUAGUGUAUUUCAAUCUUAUUAAACUUCAGGGGUUACUUUGGAUCACCAUUGGAAGUCAAGUGAUGGCUCUGAUUUGGGCUGUUCUGUUACCAUCAGUGGACAGAAGUAUGUACUUUCAUCGGAACUUACCAGAUGUGGAUAAAACUAAUGUACAAAAUAGCAGCAAGACUACACACGACUGGAAGACGGUGGUGAACUUUAUUAGAUUUGACGUGAAGUCAGCAUUCACCAACAUGUAUGUGCUAAAGUGGGCUAUAUGGUGGGCUCUGGCCACCUGCUGCUACUACAUGGCGACCGCCUAUUGCCAGGUGCUGUGGCAGGUGGUGCGAGAAGAGGCGCAUGCCACAGAUGUCCAGUACAACGGUGCCGUUGAGGCUAUGUACACUCUCUUGGGAGCACUUGGAUCGAUGAUCGUGGGAAGAGUACAGCUAGACUGGCAUCGGCUGGGGGAGACUCUUCUGGCUGUUGGAUCUCUAGCUAUGGCUGGAGUAUUGUAUAUUAUGAGUGCAACCGGAUCUGAAGUGGUUGCUUAUCUGUCAAUCAUCAUACUGAACAUCAUAUUCCAAACCAUGAUCACAGUGGCUAAUUCCGAAGUAGCUAAAAACAUCAACAAAGAGAGUUAUGGACUGAUUUUUGGAAUUACAACAUUUGCCGUGUACAUUGUUAGAAGUGUAUUUACCUAUGUAGCUCUUCAAGUUUAUAGGCUCACAAUAAGAGUUCAGUUCGAAGUGUAUGCCCUGUAUUUUGGUGUUUUGGGAAUAUUCUUUAUAUUUGUGAUGGUCAUGAAGUGUGCUCGGCAAAAGUAGUACACAUAACAUUCUCUUCUUGAGAGUUGGACCUUGAGUUUUCUUCACCCGUCAACAAAAAUGUUUAAGAUGAAAAUCUUAAGGCAGUAUUUUAUUCACACAAUUUUUACACAAAUCAAAUUAUGUUGAAGUCGAAUACAUAUCAUACAUAAUCCUCAAACAAUUAAACUAAUUGUUUGGUAACUUUUGGAGAAUGUAGGGAAAGGACUAAAAUAUGAAUAAUCAAAGCCCCCACUGUUAUGAAGUGAAUAAAGAAAUUACCACAAGGUGAA